CGUACACCCCGUUCGCACGUCGAGUGUCGGGGGUCGAGGAACAAAGCAAAACAAGACGAGUUUCUCCCAAAACACCUUUCAUUUUUUGCCCCGACGCGGAAAUCGCGCGUCACUGGACACUGAGAAGCGCCGUCCGGGAGGAACUGGACCGUCGGGCGACGGGCUGAAGACGUGAAUCGGCGGCCGAACGGCAGCUUUUCAUGACCUGCUGAGUCGGGAGCUCUCCUAAGAUGGCAGGUCUUGGGCCUCGUCCGCCUCGGUCGGGGUCAGGAUUGGGCCGCUGCUCCAUCGGGGCCGAGUCGUCCGUCCUCAGCACCGGAUCCACCGACCCCAACCGAGAACUCUUUGACGCCUGCAGGUCGGGCGACCUGCCGCGGGUCAAGAGGUUGGUGACCUCGCAGACGGUCAACGCCAGGGAUAACGCAGGCAGGAAGUCGACUCCUCUUCAUUUCGCCGCAGGAUAUGGAAGGAGAGAAGUUGUUGAGUUUCUAUUGGCCGCCGGAGCUUCCAUUCAAGCAAGAGACGACGGCGGCCUUCAUCCUCUGCACAACGCCUGUUCUUUUGGACACGCAGAUGUGGUGAGACUUCUGCUGCACGCAGGUGCCUGCCCAAACACCAGGGACAACUGGAAUUACACUCCUUUGCAUGAGGCAUCCAUCAAGGGAAAAGUUGACGUGUGCAUUGCUCUUCUGCAACACGGCGCUGACCCGAGUAUUCGCAACUCGGAGGGCAAAACUGCCCACGACUUGGCCGAGGGUUCGACCAGAGCCGUCCUAUCAGGCGAGUACCGCAAGGAGGAGUUGCUGGAGGCGGCCAGAGCUGGAGGGGAGGACAAACUGAGUCUCCUGCUCAACCCCUUGAACGUGAAUUGCCACGCAAGUGACGGCCGCCGCUCAACGCCUCUGCACUUGGCCGCCGGAUACAAUAGGGCCCGAGUUGUGCAGCUGUUGCUCCAGCACGGCGCCGACGUCCACGCAAAGGACAAAGGUGGCCUGGUGCCAUUGCACAACGCCUGCAGCUACGGCCACUUUGAGGUCACUGAGCUCCUGAUCAAGCAUGGCGCCAACGUGAACGCCAUGGACCUGUGGCAGUUCACCCCUCUGCAUGAAGCCGCGUCCAAGGCCAGGGUGGAGGUUUGCUCGUUGCUGCUCAGUGAGGGCGCCGACCCCACCCUUCUCAACUGCCAUUCCAAAUCUGCAGUGGACGUGGCUCCGACCAGAGAGUUGCAGGAAAGACUGACUUAUGAAUACAAAGGACACUGCCUGUUGGAGGCCUGCAGGCAGGCAGACCCUGUCAAAGUAAAGAAAUUUUUAUCUCAAGACGUCGUUGACUUCAAACACCCCUUCAAUGGCGACACACCUCUGCAUUGUGCGGCUGCUGCUCCUUACCCCAAAAGGCGGCAAGUAAUCGACCUGCUGGUCAGGAAGGGGGCCCUACUCAAUGAAAAGAACAAAGACUCUUUGGCCGCCCUGCACAUUUCAGCCGACUGCUCACAUUUGGAUGUGGUCGAAGCUCUGCUCAGACAUGGAGCCAAAUCAAAUGUUCUAGACGCCAACGGCCAGACAGCUUUGCAUAGGUGUGCCAGAGACGAUAAUUUACAAGCAUGCCGAAUUCUGUUAUCUUACAAUGUCGACACCACCAUCGUUUCCCUCCAAGGCUACACAGCGGCUCAGCUGGCUACCGAAAAUGUUUUGAAAAUACUCCAAGGUGACACGUCGAUUUUGGCAGGUGUCCAAAUUCAUCACAAAUCGCCAUCACUCGUUUCAGACCCACCGGCUGGCAGCUUAGACGUGGAAGGCCAACUUUUGGAGUCUGCCAAGGCAGGGGAUACAGAUCAAGUGAGGCGACUCCUCUCCGCUUUCCCACACAUUGUCAACUGCAGGGAUGUGGACGGCAGACAUUCAACCCCACUGCACUUUGCUGCAGGCUACAACCGCAUAGCCGUCGUUGAGUAUCUUUUGAACCACGGAGCUGACGUUCAUGCAAAGGACAAAGGUGGUUUGGUACCUCUACACAAUGCUUGCAGCUAUGGGCAUUUUGAAGUUACGGAACUUUUGGUCAAGCACGGAGCUAGCGUCAAUGUUGCCGACUUAUGGAAAUUUACUCCCCUGCACGAAGCUGCAGCAAAGGGGAAAUUUGAGAUUGUGAAACUUUUGCUUAAGCACGGAGCUGAUGUGAGCAAGAAGAAUCGAGACGGAGCCACGCCGCUCGACUUGGUCCGCGAAGCUGAUGUUGAAGUGGCCGACUUGCUUAAAGGAAACUCAGCCCUGCUGGAUGCCGCCAAGAAAGGAAACCUGGCCAGAGUGCAACGACUUCUGACUCAAGAAAACAUUAACUGCCGAGACGCACAAGGAAGAAACUCAACUCCACUUCAUCUCGCAGCCGGAUAUAAUAACAUGGAGGUGGCCGAGUACCUAUUGGAGCAGGGCGCUGACGUCAACGCCCAAGACAAGGGAGGACUCAUCCCUUUACACAACGCCUCGUCUUACGGGCAUCUCGACAUUGCCGCCCUCCUCAUCAAAUACAACACUGUUGUUAACGCAACCGACAAGUGGGGAUUCACGCCUCUGCACGAAGCUGCUCAAAAAGGGCGGACCCAGUUGUGUGCUCUUCUGCUCGCUCACGGCGCUGAUCCUUAUUUGAAAAACCAGGAAGGGCAAACUCCUCUUCUGCUUGCAUCAGCUGAAGACGUGAGAUGCCUUCUGCAGGACGCCAUGGUGUCCAACAACCCAUCCUCGCCUGGACAACCAGUCCUCUCUCCAUCGCCCCAGCCAUCUGCCAGUUCCAUGUCGCUUCCCCUACCACCGCCUCCUCAGUUGAGUGAGACGGUCAUUCUGCCCUCAGGAGCUUGCCUCACGUUGGGCGUCCCUGUUGCUGCACGUUGUGAUUCACCCGGUUUCUUGCCGGGCGAUGGUUGCUGUGAUGACGCAAAAUCGGAAGUGGAAAAUCCCAGCGGAGGAGACAAGUUGGCUUCUGUCAAAGCCUUCCUUGAAAAUCUCUCACUUGAUCAUCUCAUGGAACUGUUCGAGCGUGAACAAAUCUCAUUAGACAUAUUAGCUGAAAUGGGCCACGAGGAUCUCAAACAAGUAGGCGUUUCUGCCUACGGACACAGACACAAACUAAUCAAGGGCAUUGAAAAACACUUGACUUCCACCGCAGCAUGGGGUCCGGCACCUUCGUUAUCUUUGGGAACGUUUUUGGUCGAUCUGGUAUCGGAGGACCGAGAAUAUCUGGCUGUCGAAGAGGAAAUGCAAUCAACCAUCAGGGAGCACAGGGACAAUGGACACUCUGGAGGAGUUUUUAUGAGAUACAACAUUAUUCACAUCCAGAAAGUGCAAAACAAAAAGUUGUGGGAGAGAUACUCGCACAGGAGGAAAGAAGUGGCCGAAGAGAAUACAAGCCAGUCAAAUGAGAGGAUGCUCUUCCAUGGAUCUCCGUUCAUCAAUGCAAUUGUGCAGAAGGGCUUUGACGAAAGACAUGCUUACAUUGGGGGAAUGUUUGGAGCUGGAAUCUACUUUGCUGAAAACUCGUCAAAGAGCAACCAGUAUGUUUAUGGCAUUGGAGGUGGCACUGGCUGCCCCCAGCACAAAGACCGGUCUUGCUAUUCUUGCCACCGAAACUUGCUGUUGUGCAGAGUCACUCUUGGCAAAAGUUUCCUGCAAUUUUCUGCAAUGAAAAUGGCUCAUGCUCCUCCAGGCCACCACUCUGUUAUGGGCCGUCCCAGCGCUGGGGGACUCAAUUUCCCAGAAUAUGUAGUUUACCGUGGAGAGCAGGCUUACCCUGAAUACCUGAUUACCUAUCAAAUUGUGAAGCCCGAGCCGGAAGACGCUACCGAUGUAGAUCUGCGGUGAUGAUUCCUGAAUCUAUUGACCACAAAGUAAUUUUUGCCGAUGCUUUUAACAAAUUCACUCUUUUAUAAUGUUAGGUGGCUUGAACUCUUGUCUCUGUGAUUUUGUUACUUUUUAAGUUGUUUAUGAAAUCUCGGAUCACUGUGAAUUUCCAUAAUGUAUGAAAUUUUAUAUUAAGAUACUACAGUAUUAAAAGUGUUAGCCUGGAAUGUAGAACAUACAACUUUUUCAUUUAUAGCUAAAAGACCUUAAUUCACAAAUAAA